AUGGCCAAGGUCAGAUUUUACGACUUGGAACUUGAAGUCCCUGGACUCAUUUGGUCUCCAAACACCUGCAAGACCCGUUACGCACUCAAUGUGAAGGGCAUUCCCUAUGAAACAGAGUGGUUGACGUUCGCUGGAGUACACGAAGUUAUCCCUGGCUUGACUAAAACUGGCAAGGCCCCUACUGUACCUGUGAUUGUGGAUUUGGUGCAUGGUGACAAAGUAGUACAGGAGUCGUGGGAGAUUGCAAAGUAUCUCGAGGAAGCUUAUCCUGAUCAUGCGAGCUUGUUCAAUGGCAACGAAGGUGCUCAUUUCUUUUUCCAUGAAUACUGCACACGCAAGCUUUUGCCCAAGAUCUUCAAGUUGUGCGUAUUGACGAUUCACAGCAAGGUGACCCCGCCAUCCUUGAAGCAAUGGUUCCGUGAGACUCGUGAAAAGGCCUUCAAGAUGCCACUUGAAAAGUUUGCUGGUGAUCCCCAAAAGCACAUUGAUGCUAUCAAAGAACUCCUGGAGCCUAUUGGUCGUGUCCUCAAACAGUAUCCUUUCAUGACAGGUUCACAAGCUGGUUGGGCCGAUGUUGUCCUUGCAUCCUACCUUCGCUUGUUGGUGGUACAUCGUCCUGAACUUUUCGAUUCAAUUGUCAUCAAUGAUCCUAAGGCUGGUGCCGAGUUUGCUGCAUGGUGGAAACGUAUGGACAAGUAUAUGCAAUCGCAACCCCCCGCUCCCGAAGCAAGAAUGUAG